AUGCAUAUUAAAAAGAUUAUAAUACAAGGUUUCAAGACUUAUAAAAAUGCAACUAUAAUAGAUGAUUUAUCUCCUCGAUGUAAUGUUGUUGUUGGUAGAAAUGGUUCUGGUAAAUCAAAUUUUUUUGCUGCUAUUAGAUUUGUUUUAAGUGAUGCUUAUACUCAUAUGACACGUGAAGAAAGACAAGGUUUAAUUCAUGAAGGUUCUGGAACGGUUAUAUCUGCUUAUGUUGAAAUUAUAUUUGAUAAUUCAGAUGGUAGAUUUCCAUUAAAUAAAUCUGAAGUAUUGAUUAGAAGAACAAUUGGUUUGAAAAAAGAUGAUUAUUCAUUGGAUGGUAAAUCAGCAACAAGAUCAGAUAUAAAGAAUUUACUAGAAAGUGCUGGGUUCUCAAGAUCCAAUCCAUAUUAUAUUGUACCACAGGGAAGAAUUACAAGUUUAACAAAUUCAAAAGAUAAUGAAAGAUUGUCAUUACUUAAAGAAGUUUCAGGAGCUACUGUUUUUGAAAAUAAAUUAAAAGAAUCUCAAAAGGAAAUGACUGCGUCUAAUUUAAAAAGAGAAAGAAUUAAUGAAACUUUACAAACUAUUGAAGAUAGAUUGAAUGAUUUACGAAUUGAAAGUGCAGAUUUAAAAAAAUUUCAAGCGUUGGAAAAACAGAAAAAGAUAUUGGAAUAUAAUAUAUUUGAUCGUGAAUUUAAUGAAUUAAACGAGAGUCUUCAAGAUUUAGAUGAUAAAUAUCAGCAAUUAAAAAAUGAUUUCAGUAAUGAUUUAAAGGAUUUAGAAACUAGAGAAAAAUUAUGUCUUGAUUUACAAGAUUCAAUAAAUGAAUUAAAAAUUGAAUUGAAAGUUGUUAAAUUAGAAAAAGAACAAACUGAUUUAGAUUUUAAUCAAUUAUUAAAGUUAAUUGCUGAUAACAAAAUUAAAUUAAAUGAAGUAAAAAAUCAAAGUGAAUUAUCAAAUGAAAAAUCUGGUUAUUUCCAAGAACAAAUUAAACAAUUUAGAAAUGAUAUUGAAUUAAAUGAAAAAAUUAUAUUUGAAAAUAAACCACAACUUGAAAAAUUACAACAACAAGAACAAGCACUAAAAGAGAAUUUAGUUGAAAUUACAUCAAAACAAAGAGCAUUAUAUUCAAAACAAAAUAGACUUCAGAAAUUUUCACAUAAACAACAACGUGAUCAAUGGUUAAUUGAAGAAAUUUCCAAAUUGAAAAAAUCAUUACAAUCAAAAGAACAAGAUUUACAUCAAGUUUCAAAUGAGAUAAAAUCAAGAGAAUUGACUUAUGCCAACCUAUCUAAACAAAUUGAAGAAUUAGAUAAAUCUUUAAAUGAUGAUGAACGUAUAAAAGCAUUGGCAGAAUUAAAAAAUACAAUUUCAAAUUAUAAAUCAGAAUUAAAUGAUUUAACAAAUCAAAGAAAAAUAUUAUGGAGAAAUGAAAUUAGAUUAAAAAGUGUUUAUGAUUCAUUGACUAAUGAUUUAAAUAAUGCUACAAAUGCAGUUAAUCGUACUAUGGAUAAUGCACAAGCUCAAGGUAUAAUAGAAGUAAAAUCAAUUGCUAAACAAUUAAAUAUAGAAGAUAAGGUUUAUGGAAUAAUUGCUGAAUUAUUUACAGUUAAUGAUAAAUAUAAAACUGUAGCUGAAGUAAUUGCAGGUAAUUCAUUAUUUCAUAUAGUUGUUGAUUCAGAUGAUACUGCUGCAUUGAUUAUGGAUGAAUUAAUAAAAUUAAAAAAAGGAAGAGUUACAUUUGUUCCAUUAAAUAGAAUACAAAAUACACCAACUGAAUAUCCAAAUUCAAAUGAAAAUGAAUGUAUACCAUUAAUAACCAAAAUUAAACAUGAUGUAAAGGUAAGUAAGGCAAUGAAUCAAAUCUUUGCUAAAACUUUAGUUGUUAGAGAUUUAUCAAAAGGUGGUGAAUUAUCAAAAUCUUAUAAAUUAACAUGUAUUACUUUAGAUGGAGAUAGAGUAGAUAAUAAAGGUGUAUUGAGUGGUGGUUAUCGAGACUAUAAAAAUCUGAGAAUCGAUGCGUUAAGAGUACAAAUAAAGAAGAGGAAAGAGUUGAUUAAAACGGAAACUGAAUUAAAAAGUGUCUCUAAAUCAAUCGAAGAAAUGAAUCAAAAAACAACAAAAAUAAAUAAUGAAUUACAAUUAAGUAUUAGAGAUUUAGAAAAAUUAUCAAUGUCUAAAGAGCCUAUUAAAAUUGAAUUAUCUCAGAAAAAUAAUAAGAAAUUCAAUUUAGAACAAGAAUUAUCAUCAUUUAAAGUCAAUUUUAAUAAUUUAAAACAAUCUAAAAAUGCAAUUAAUAUAAAUUUAAAACAACAUGAACAAGAAUUAAAUUCAGAAUUUGAACAAGCAUUAUCUAAUGAAGAAAGAACACAAUUACAAGAAUAUAAUUCAAAAGUUUCAUCAAUGGAAAAUGAAUUAGAUAAAAUUGUAACAGAAUCUGUUAAAUUAGAUAAUAAAAUAAGUAAGUUAGAAUCAGAAUUAGAUAAUAAUUUAAAACCAAAAUUGAAUAAUGUAUUAAAAGAACAAGGUAUAAUUGGUAAUAAAUCAUUUAUUGAUUCUCAAGUAUCUCAAUUGAAUGAAGAAAUGGAAAAUUUACAAAUUCAAUUAGAUACAGCUCAAACUAGAAUGGAUCAAGUUAAUGAAAAUUAUGAAAAAUUAAACAAUGAAAUAUCAAAUUCUGAAAAUGAAUUAAAGAAAGCAAAUCAACAACAAUUAACAAUAAUGAAGAAUUUAGAAAAAUUUUCAAAAUUGUCUACUAAAUUAUUGAACCAAAAACAAAUAAAAAUAUCUUCUAGGGAGACAGUUAAUAAGUCUAUACGAGAUCUUGGUGUCUUGCCAGAAGAAGCAUUCAAUCGUGAAAAAUAUGAUUCAAAAUCAUCAAAUGAAUUAAUUAAUAAAUUAUCAGAAAUAAAUCAACAACUUUCUAAAUAUUCCCAUUUGAAUAAAAAAUCAUUAGAACAAUUUAAUAUAUUUACAAAACAAAGAGAUGAAUUAAUUUCAAGAAGAUUGGAACUAGAUCAAUCAAAAGAAAGUAUCGAAAACCUAAUUUCAAACCUUCAACAACAAAAAAAUGAAGCUAUAAUAAAAUCAUUCAAACAGAUAUCCACCUCAUUUAGUAAAAUUUUUGAGAAACUCGUACCUACUGGGAAAGGUGAAUUACUCAUGCAGAAAAAGGACGAGAAUGUUGACGAUUUAACAAUUGAUAAUUAUUCAGGUGUUGCAAUUUCAGUUUCAUUCAAUUCAAGAAAUUAUGAACAACAAAGAAUCGAACAAUUACUGGGUGGUCAAAAAUCAUUAUGUGCAAUUACUUUAAUUUUUGCGAUUCAAAAUUGUGAUCCGGCUCCAUUUUAUUUAUUUGAUGAAAUCGAUUCAAAUUUAGAUAAUCAAUAUAGAACUUCAGUUGCGAAUUUAAUUAAUUCACAAACUGAUUAUGCUCAAUUUAUUUGUACUACUUUUAGACCUGAAAUGUUACAAUUAAGUGGUGAUAAAUUUUAUGGUGUUAAUUUUUCAAAUAAAGUAAGUUCUAUAAAUGAAAUUAAUAAAGAUGAAGCUUUGGCUUUUGUUGAAGGUCAUCAAAAUAGAUAA